AUGUGCGGGGCUGAAGCUCACCAGCUUUAUGCCAAAAAACCCAUAUUUGAUGCACUGGGAAUUCGAUUAUUUGCAGUUCUCCAUGAACAUAUAGAGUUAGAGAUAAAAGACUUCAGGCCUCGAUACUGGGGUGGUGUUGUGCUCUUCGAUAGGAGUAUGGAGUUCUUCAAAGCUCUUGGUGGUGGGCAGCUGCUUAAGGACAAAUUUAUAUCAGGAUUUAUUUUCAACCCCCGAGCUAUUGCAAAUUACAAGCGUGCAAAAGCUAUGGGAAUUGAUCAAAACUUCAAAGGAGAAGGUGAAAUAAAGGGUGGCCUCCUUAUAGUUGGAAGGGAUAAGAGUGGCAUAGCUUAUCAGUUUAUUGAAAGGAACUUUGGUGAUUGGGCCCCUGUAGCUGAAAACCAGCAACAAAGUCAUGAAGAGUCCAUCAAAACAGAUCAGCAAGAUGAAUGA